AUGUAUGGUGAUGAUCCUAUAGUGAUAACCAAUCUUAAAAGUGAACUGGACUAUGUAAAGAGUCUCAUGAGGUCACGAGAAAUAGUUUCUACAAUUAGAGAAUCCCUGAAGGAAAUUGAAAGACUUAAAGAGCAGGAAACAACUUUCACCGAAGGAAAUGAUGGUACAGUAAACAUUUCAGGUCCAUCAGGAAGCACGACCGCCCCAGGAGUAGAUUUUGUAGAAGACCCAAACAAUGUACUUCCAGAUGUUCUAGAUGCAUUCGACGAAUCAUUUGACACUAGCUGGGAUGAUAUAGAAGCCCGCCUAGAGAAACUGAAAAAGUUCUCAGAAGACCGGCUCACAGCAAAUAAAAAGAGAGAUUUCGAAAAUCAAGUGGAGCGUGUUCAAGCUGUCGCGAGAGUUAUCAAAAAUAAGGAGGGACUAGUACUAGACCCAAAGAAUAGAUACGUCAGGGAACUCAUCAAACGAUCAUCUGUAAGAACACUCAAGGAUGGUAUGGAGGUGUUGGUAUUUAGAAGUGAACAAGGUAUUGACAAAAGUGGCACACAAAUAAUGAAACGUGGUAAGACCAGCAAACCUGUGUACUCAAAUAACUCACCUGCACUGAGAGAAUAUAAGGACCUUUUAAAGAAAAUAAAAGAGGUACCUACAGAUCCUGACGCUAGAAUUACAAGUGAUGAGGACACUAGGGAAGAGCCGCAAUUUGAUGACAGUGACGAGGAAUACGCUGACCGUGAGAACAUUGAGUUAAUAGACAUAAGUGCAAAAUUAGGAGACCUUCCAGGGUUAACAAUGCAAGAAAACAACGAACUGAGAGGUGUUCUUAACCCACCUGAUGGAUCAAGCAUAGAAGGCAGAACAGGUCCCAAUGGAGCGUUACAAAUUCAGGCUGACUACUUUAAUGAAGCUAUUGGUGAAACCGUGGAACGAGCCACCUCUGCGGAAGGUACAACUGAGUAUAAUUCCCUCCUAGAAAGAAUUGACAGUUUGAAGGAAGCUAGAGAUAGGACACUAGAGCAGAGAACUGUAGAGGAAGCAAGAGAGGCACAGUUGAAGGAUAUUUCCAGAUUACGUAGAUUUGUGAAAUGGUUAGGGGAGGAAAAGGUGGGACUUGUAGGGAUAGCAGUGUCAACAGCAAGUUUAAUUACAGCCUUACUGAUUCAUGCUAGGGGAGCCAUUGUGAAGACAGCAAAGGUCACUGGUAAAGUGGCAAAAGCAUUAGCAAAUUUAGCAAAGAAAGCAGGGCCAAUUCUAGUUCCAAUCCUGAACGCAAUUGCAACAGCGCUAUCAUGGGGAGCAAAAGGAAUUAGCUGGUUAGCGUCACAUUUAUGGGUACUAGCUAUAGCUGCAGCCUUAAUGGUAUACAACUAUUACACAAAGUAA